CUAAUAUGCCCUCAACAAAUAACGAAUCCCGAAGGAGUUACAUGAUAUUUGCAGAGAAAACAAACAAACAACGAAGCACGUAGCUGAAGUGGAACCACCAGAUCUCUCUCUCUCUCUCUCUCUCUCUCUCUCUCUCUGAGAAGAUGAAGUUUCCCGUUUCCGUCAUCUGUACCUUCCUCCUAUUCCUCUCUCUCUCCUCUCCUCAAGCUAGGGGCGAUGCUUCUGGUUCCGUUUUCUUCAUCGAUAGUUCAUCUCAUCAAUUUCUUCGCGCUAGAUCAUCCAACGAUGAGCAUCCUUCAAUUUCGCUUAAAGAAGUUGGCGCUGCUGUGCCAGUCUUGCUCGGUUUUGCUCCUCCUUCUACCCUUUCAGCCUCCAGCUCAUCCAAGUUGAAUGAAGUUUUGAUUCCUAAUCCAUUUAAUAGGCCUCGUGCUGUGUUUUUGCUGGAAGUGAAUGGAAUCAAUGGUCUUGAAAAAAUUGUCCAGGAUAAUCCAAUGUUCAGCAAGUCAUUGUGGGAUACAAAUUAUAUUGGUUCAGAUAGAGUUGACAUUCAACUUCCAGAUGAAAAUGACGUUUCUGUGUCUUCUUUGGAUGAGCAAUUGGAAGACUGUACCGAUAAAGAAAUUAGUGAUUUUUCAUCUUCGAUCGGUGGAUCAUAUGCCCCUGACGCCCUAGAGCCAUUAAAUGGAGUGCUUUCCGUUCCUUUGCCAAAUGGUGCCUUAGUGAAUCUUCAUAUGUCAAAGGAAGCAGAAAGAAAGUUUGUGAUAGGUCUUUUGUCUCUCACUCAAAAUGUCAAAAGGGCAAUUCAAAUGCAUCAUGAUUUAUCACAGACUACACUAAGUCCAGCUGAGUUGUUAACAGGUCGCUUCAAUGGCAUUAAGGUUUUGCAAGAGCAAGAUGAAGCUGAAAUUAUUGCUCAACACGGAGUUGAAUUGUUACUUGUAACUUUGACGAAGAUAUUUGGCUCAUUGCAAGAAGCAUACAAAGGUCAAAUUGUUGGAAUUAUCUAUUGUCAAACGGCCACUCCUCAAGAGUCCGCCAAGAAGUUUAAUGUUAUCCUUACUCCUCCUCACUACCAUAGGGCACGAUGGUUGGAAGAAGUAAAUGCACUGAAUACAACUUUUGCAGAAGUGGCAUUGGUUAGAAUAACCCUUGCCUGGAUAACAGGAAUAAUUUUGCUUGUUUCAACUCUUAUGGGGACAUGUUACCUCUUGUAUAUGCCAAUCACAAGGGACACACUUCUCUAUUCUAAUGUCAAGCUUGAUUAGGCUUGGAAACAAACAUACCGAUACAGAUCUUUUUGCCAAACCAGGGACGACUGGGCUCUGCCGUUCAACCUUUUGAUUAGGGGGAUUUUUUCUAGAUGCCUCUAAUCUGUGUGCAUUAUUAUAUUUAUUGUUGUUAAUGGAUCGGUGUAGCCAAUUUCUUAUAUUCAUAAUAUCAUGUAUCAGGUUCGAUUAGGAUUUAGGUCAUCAAAAUGAGGGGCUAUUAUAGAUGUGAAGCAUGGAUGUUGUACCCCCUUAUUCAGGAAUUGGAGUUGUAUUUGUUCAAACCAUUUCCAAUAAUAUGUACCUCAUGAUUAUAUUUCCGCCAUAUCCAAUAAUAUUGUACAAUACCAAAAUUUCAGAAACG